UCCAACUACAGUUGCCAGCGAGUAUUUAUACCACAAAACACCAAAAUAGUCUUCAUCCAACUCCGUUAUCACUUCGCAUGGCCCACUCCGCAUGUUAUUUCCCAUUGUUUUAUGUAUAACGCGUCGUGGUAGCCACAAAUUUCAGAAAUGCAGACUUAAGGUCAACAUCGUAGUCGCCUUUUUGUAUAAAUAGCGCAGCAAAAACUAUUAAAUGCCAUCGAACAAGUUCAACUCAUCGAGCUGCAAGCAUAUCCCAAAUAACCAAAAUGUUCAAAUUCGCUGCUGUUAUCUUUGCCAUCAUCGCCUGCGCUACUGCCAAGCCAGGUCUUCUCCUUGGCCAACAGUUGGCCUAUAGUGCUCCGAUUGUAGCUGCUGCACCCGCUGCAGUCGUUGCUGCUCCUGCUCCGUUUGUGACUGCCACCAGUAGCCAGGUGAUUGCCCGUAACUACAAUGGCAUCGCCCACGCUCCAGUGAUCGCUCCAGUUGCUGCUCCCGUGAUUGCCAAGUAUGCAGCUGUUCCAGUGGCAGCUCCUCUGAUCGCUUCGUAUGCUGCUGCUCCUUUGGCUGGUCCUCUGGCUUACAGCUCACACUUGGCGGCUCCUCUCUCCUACGCUCCAGCUCUGCUAGUGCCGCAGCGGUGCAUUAUAGGCAAGCGGAGCGGCGAGAGGAGCAGCUGCAUAUCGGUCAAAGACUGGAGAAGUGAGUGGAGCAGCAAUUGGUGCUGCCAGCGGAUAAGCAGCAUACUUGGCGACGAGAGGCGCAGCCAGAGGAACAGCAACUGGGGCCACGGCUCUGAUGAGUGGAGCAGAAGCAAUUACGGGCGCGACGCCGAUGCCGUUAUAGUUUCUGGCCACCACCUGGCUACUGCUGGCUGUCAGCAGUGGAGGAGCGGGAGCAGCAAUGAUGGCAGCGGGAGCAGCCAGUGGUGUCUGCAGAAGAAGUCCAGGCUUGGCGACAGUGCAGGCAACCAGGGCGCAGAUGACAGCGACCUGUACGGAGAGUUAACUCAGCAAAUCAAACAACCAACAAAUCAAUUCACCAUGUUUAAAUACGCUGUUGUCCUCUGCGCUCUGGUUGCCUGCGUUGCCGGCAAGCCAGGAUUGCUGCAUGCACCGCUGGCUGCUCCAGCUGCCGUCCUUGCAGCACCUACACCUGUGAUUACCGCUGCCAGUAGCCAAGUGGUGGCCAGGACGUUCAAUGGCAUCGCAGCUGCACCCGUUAUUGCCGCUGCUCCCGUGCCAGUUGCUGCUCCAUUCAUCAGAACGGUGGCACCAGUUGCAGCUCCACUCAUCAGACCUGUGGCACCAAUUGCUGCUCCUCUGGCUGCUCCAGUUUUCCGACCUGUGGCACCAGUUGCCGCUCCUCUGGCUACUCCAUUCGCCGCUCGAGUAGCAGCUCCUCUAGCUGCUCAAAUUGCUGCUCCUCUAGCUGCUCCCUUUGCUGCGCCAUUCGCUGCUCCGUUGGCGGCUCCACUUGCUCAUCCGUAUGCGGCACCUGUAUUUGCCAAAUACACAGCCCCCUUGGCUUAUGGAUCAGCUCCGCUGAGCUAUGCAGCAGCACCCGCAUUGUGGUAGGAGCUGUGU